AUCUUAUCCUGAGCAAUGGUAUUUUACGACUCUUGGCCCAAGAUAGAUCCGAAGAUUGUCCUUUGGCUGCUGCUGGCCGUUCUUGUCGUUGACCACAUUUGGGAGAUGGUAUUGGCCAAGCGUCAGCAACUGGUCUGUCUGGGGGCCAACACGGUGCCAGAAGAGCUACGUGCGGUCAUUCCGCCGGAGAUCUAUCAUCGUGCCCGCGUCUAUGAGCUGCAUAAAAUGGAAUUGUUCAUGUGGAAACAUGGGAUUGAUUUGGUCAUCAGCCUGGCCGAGGUAUUUUUCGGCUUCUAUCCAUUCGUUUGGGGCUUGGCCUGUUCCACAUUGCGCUCCGCCACCAAGGAAGAACUGUGGAUAAGUCUAAUCUUUGUACUCUAUCUGACAAUCUAUAUAACUUUACGAUGUCUGCCCGUUUUACUAUAUGACAAGUGUAUAUUGGAGCUACGUUAUGGAACUCAGACACGUAUGCCAUGGUAUAUGUAUCUGUGCAUGGGCCUCAUAUCCAUAAUCCUGGCACAGAUUGUCCUCGCACCGCUCACAUUGGGCAUUGUGUUUAUUGUUCAAACGCUUGGUUAUUUUUUCUUUUUAUAUUUCUGGGUAAUUUGGGCGGUAUUCACAUUGCUAAUGGUCUUCCUCUUGCCAUAUAUUUGUGCACCCUGUAUUGGCAGACAGGUGCGACUGCCGGAAGGUCCGCUCUAUCAGGAUGUGAAGCGUGUGUGCGACUUAACCGAUUUUCCCAUGUCCCGGGUCUUUAUCAUACGCACCAAGUCGACGCAGUAUAGCAAUGCCUAUUUCUAUGGCAGCUGUUGUUUAAAGCGGAUCGUCAUCUUUGACACGCUUCUAUAUAACAAGGGAUUGCCUCCCCACGAGCUGCAACCGUUCGAGGUCGGACGAGGAUUGUUCAAUGUGCAGGUGGCGGCUGUGGUGGCCCAUGAGCUGGGACACUGGAAGAAGGGUCACUUCUACAAGGCCACGCUGAUAAUGAAGGUGCAUUUUCUGCUGACGAUGAUCCUGUUUGGAUUGCUCUUUCACUGUCCCCAGCUGUACGAAGCUGUGGGAUUUCAGCAUGGCAUAUGUCCCAUAAUUGUGGGUUUUAUAAUUGUCCUGAGAUUUGCUCUGACGCCGUAUUUGACACUGGCCAACUUUGUGAUGUUGUGGAAUUUGCGACGUUUCGAAUAUGCUGCAGAUCGUUUUGCCCACUAUCUGGGCUAUUCGAUGCCACUGAGAUCGGCUCUGGUCAAGAUCUAUGCGGAUCACAUGAGUUUCCCCGUCUAUGAUACCUGCUAUGCCCGUUGGCAUCACACACAUCCGACGAUCCUGCAGCGUUUGGCAUAUCAACAGAGAUUGGACAUCGAGGCGAUCUACAACUAACCCUACUCAUAG